AUGUCAAAACCUCUUUUCAAUCUGGCGCUACUAAGCUUAGUGUUUGCUCAUUCAGAACACAGUUUCGAUCUGGAUGAUGCCGCCGACGCUGGAAUGUCAUAUGCCGAACGCCAUAUGCACACUGAACAUCAUAUAGAUUCUUUCGACCUCCCAUCUUUCUUCAAACUCCACGAUUUGGAUUCUGAUGGAUAUUGGGACCAAAAAGAGAUCGCAGCGGUGUAUGGAUUGUAUCAUCAUAAGGUAAAGGAUAAAGUACCUGAGACGGAAGAGCAUAAGGCGAAAGUUGAAGAGAUUGUGAAUGUGGUUUUACAGCGGUUAGAUACGGAUAGGAAUGGAAAAAUAAGUCUGGUAGAGUACAUUGCAGGCGGUAAUGACGGUUUACCAAACUUCCCAGGGUACAAAGAUCUCGGUCAUCACUAUGACGAAGAAUCAGAAUACUUCCUGCAUCACGAAGAGCUAUAUCAUUCAACACCAGAAACCCAGACGGACGAGUCGUAUGUGCAUCAAGAGGAUAUCGAACAUUUUCAACAUCACAUCCAUAUAGAAGCCGAAGAAGACGCCAGAGAACGGAUAUUCGAAGGUUUACCUCCUGAUGCGAAUCUAGAGAUGGACCACGUAGCUUCUGAUCCAUUGGACGAACAUGCCCACGCACCAGGUGAAGGACCAUCGGACGUUCCUCCUCAAUCAGACCCGGAGAAGGAUUUGAAACCUGGAGAUGAAGUACCUCCUCCGCCAAAAAUACAAAGAGUUACACCUGGUGCAUCCCCUGCGCGAUUAGGGAGGGAAGAUGAGGAAAAGUUGUACAAACCUGAUGAGAGACAUGGUAGGGGGAGAGAAGCAGGAGAUAGGUUACCAUAUAAAUCGAGAUUUAGAAAAGGUUUGCGAACUGAUGAAUUCUGA